AUGUCGGAAGAAAACUCUUCGAGUACCGAACUGCAGGUGCAGAAUAAACUCAAAAAGGUAAGCACUCCAGAACUCGGAAUUUCCGUGAGUCCUAAAACUUUCAGAUGCUCAAAAUGGCUCUUCCUCACGUCGGACUCGCUUUUUUCCUCUUUCUUUAUCUUCUGCUCGGCGCUUACGCAUUCUAUUAUCAGGAGUAUGAUGCAGAUAAAAAAAUACAAUUGGCAAAAUUGAAUCUGAUUCGGCAUAGAUACAAAAAUAUUGAGAAAGAAGUGAAAGUUCUGAUAGGGGACGAGAAGAAGUACGAGAAUUACAAACCCAAACUUCUGAAGCAUCUAUCCGGACUGUCUUCUUAUCACGAAGGCCGGGAAUUCAAGACUACUUCUUCUGGAAUCAGCGACGACGCGUUGCCUCCUAGGUGGACGAAGAGGAGCUCUAUUCUGUACGCGUUGAGCAUUCUGGUAGAUUCCCUGAAGCCAGCCGAGCUCAUCCGUGCCCAGUUUCAGACCACAACCGGAUAUGCGUACGCAGUGCCGGUCACCCCCAUCGGCCAGUGCUUCGCAAUCAUUUACGGCCUCAUCGGCAUCCCUCUGAUGGUGCUCGCCGCCGUCGAUUUCGGAAGAUUCCUCUCGCACAUUGUCCUGGAGAUUUACUCGAAAGUAAUUCAACUCGUAGGACUUCCGAUCUCAAUUUCCAAUCUCAUUUACAGUAUCUCGAUUUGGUUCACAAACUGAAAAUAAUGAAGACGGUAAUAAUGGAACGUCAUCGGGCUCGAGACGAGAAACGACGUCUUCACGAGUUUAAACGGCUCGUCCAGGACACAGCGUCGAUGUCGGAGGCCGCGAAAGACGGGCAGAUGGAGGAGGAGCAGACGACGGAUUCGGACGAGAUGCCGGAGAAGAGGCUGCCGCUCGUGAUCAACGCCUCGAUCCUCCUGAUCUUCUGCAUGCUCGGCGGCGUCGUUUACAUCGCCGCCGGCGGAAAAGCCACGUUUAUCGAGUCGUUCUUUCUCACUUUCAACCUGGUCGCGAAUCUGACGAUGAGCGAAAUGCCGAACGAACUCAACCACAUUCUCACCAUCGUUUACAUCUUUGUCUUUGUCACUUGUGGUCAGUUUCUGUCUCCGGCCCGAAAAACAGAAGCCCUUUCAGGAGUGGCCGUUCUUUCGAUGAGUGCGGAGUUGGCUGCGUUGGAACUGAAAGAGCUGUUCAUGAAGAUUCACUACUUCGGCCGACGGAUCAAUUUCAAGAGAAACCGCUCGAAGAAAGAGCAGAUGGAUGUGCAAGUGAAGGAACUUUUGAAGAUAAUCGAGGAGAUUCGCAAGAGGUAUCCGGAGAAAGAGAAGAUCACGACAAUGGACAUUCUCGAGGUUUCUUCCCGGAAUGAAUAUCCCGAUAACCUCUCACGUUUUUACAGUACAUGCACGAGAAUACGGUAACUGAGAAGCUGAAUGAACGGAGGGACACGAUCGCAUUCAUGCCACAGACGAUGGAAGUGAUCAAGUUCGCUGACGAGCAGGACCUCGAGGAACGCAGUUUCUCGCGUCACGACGACGUUCCGUCCAUCGGAGGCAAAUCUUCUACGUAAUUCCAUCUCCCUUCAUCUAUCAAGCGUGAACUAUUUUCAGCAAACUGGCUUCCAUGAUCGACGUGAUGAGCUUCUCUCCAGAAGAAAACAUGGAGAAGAGGUUCAAGAAGGAGAUUCGGAAGUACACAACAGAAAUCAAAUAUGUCAACAAGAAGGGACAGAUAACGAACAAGGCAGAGUUGUAG